GUGUUUCCCACCCCUUCCCUCUUGUGUUUAUAUGUUAGUGUCAGUGCUACAAUAAAUUUUAGACACUUUUGUAGCUGAGAAAAGGCCUGAGGAUAAAGAAGGGAGAAGGAGCACAAUAUCACCAAUGAAUUACAUUUGGGCCUUUAGCUUCAAAGGUGAUGUUUCCUCCACUCAACUAUUCCAGUCAUCCUCGUGUUUGGGUUUUCUUGUGUUGAAGCUGAGCUGUUGCCUUGUGGUUAUUUGUGGUCUUCUGUUAAAGGUUUCUUCCCACCCUAUGUUUCUUUCUGAUCCCACCUGGAAAGGAGAAUUACAGAGAUUCCUUGAAUUCUGUUGGUAAAAGAGAAGGAAACUGAUCUACUGGAGGAGAUUUCAGAGCAAAUCAACAAAUGGAUAAAAAUCAGGGUUCACUUCUUAUGAUGAAGUAAAGACAAGGUGGGCGACAGACCAGUACUUUGCUACAUUUGAAAGUCUCCACCCUUUGCAGACUGGUGUGUUAUGAUUUGGCAUUCUACCAGUCAUUCUUAUGAUAAAGUCUCUUGUCAAUUUUAGUAACCCAGUUAUAUUUGUUAUCUUGUGAAAAAUAAACUUCUGUUGAAAUGCAGACAAUAUUUUGAACACAAACAACUUAUUACUCUUUGACAUAGUCUCAGUUUUCUUUCUCUGUUCAGCUUUAAUGGACUGUCUUCAACUGCAGGGAUGACUGUAUUAUAGGGGGCUUAACCAGCAGGAAGCCCACCAAAAGCUCAAUAGAGUACUUUCCCACUCCUUAAUAAGCUUGUUUAGUUUUGCAUUGCUUAAUAAAUGAAAUCCCCAGCUGUGCUUCCAAACCACAGGUUAGUGGGUGGAAUUUCAUCUCUUCUCUGUUUUUCUAUUGCCUUUCACAAAUCCAGGUAGAGAUUUUGAACAUCCAGUUAAUUCUGUUCCCCCCUCCCCACACCAUCCAACACCCCAUCACCAUGAAUUGGGAAAGAGAUGGUGCAGUGACUGCAGUGCUCCAUGUGGAUUGGGGUGGGGGAGACAACCUGGUUUGGAAGUCCAGAGUGGCUUUUUGACCUUUGCUUCUUCCUCUCAACCUUCUCUGCAAGGCUGUUGUGAACUUGGGAGCAGAAAGACUCCACAGAAGCUGAGCUGUUUCUUGGACAGUUUCUUGGACUCUUUUGCAAAGAAGACAGGGACUAAACUGAUGGGUUUGAUGCUGCUAUGCAUGAGGUAGGGAAGAGGGAGUGUAAAGCUGCUGGCCUAUUUAUGUCUUUUCUGGCAAGCUUUCUAAAGGAGGGGUUCGUCCUACAUUUUCUUUUACCAAAUUUUCUUCCUUUUUCUGAACUUCCUCUCUUUAUUUUGCUACAAAUGUUCCUAAAGCAUUCCCUUCCCUGUUUGUCUUUUCUUCUUGCUUCUCUCCCUCUCUAGUGAUGCCAGAUACCUGGGAGUUUUGAAAGUCAGGAGAUUAUCAGAAAAGGGGUGGGGGAGCCACCACCAGGCCAUCCUGUUUCCAACUCAUGCUGAAAUGGACUUGGUGGUGGAUACAUUUGGUAGCAAAGAGUGUCUGGACAAAGCCCCAGUUGUGUAGGAGAUAACAACAGACCAUUUCCAGAAAUAGGGCAAUAUUCCAUGCACAUAUACAGUUCUCUAUAGGGAUCUCCACUUGUCCAAAUUACAACUUAACAAUGUUAAGUUCUCUGUAGAGAAAGCUGUUCUACACCAUUUCUCUCUCUCUCUCUCUCUCUCUCUCUCUCUCUCUCUCUCUCUCUCUCUCUCUCUCUCUCUCUCUCUCUCUCUCUCUCUGACACACACACAAAGUAUCAACUGCAGUAAACAUAAAUAUGAGUAUAAAACGUAGCAAGUACUUAUAAGAGAGCAUCUCUUACUCCAUUUUGAGAUAAUCACUGAGAUCCAAAAGUGAUUCCUCUUUGAAAGGAUGCACUUGGGAAUGCCAGGUAGAUUUCAGUCUUUUUCUUUCCUGGCUCUGACAAAGCUAGUAAGUCUUUUUGGAUGCCUUAUGACGGUAUCCCCAUUUCCUCUGCUUGUCUGCUUUCCAUCUUCUUCCCACCUCCUGCCCAUUCUUUCCUGCCCACGAGAUUUCAUCCUGUUUCUCCAACAGGCAGGCCUAAGCAGUGGCUGACAUGCAGCUCAGACAUGUGGGAUUCCCCCCUCCUCUAUAUUCAUUUGAUCUCCAGCUUUCCCAUCAGGCUAAGGAAAUGCACAAAGCUUUUGUGUCAGAGAGAGGGGUGGGGUUAGAUAUGGAAAAUUGGCCAGCAGGGUAGCUUGGCUGAUGUUAACUGUUCUUUGAUGGAGUGAAGAGACCUAUCAAGCCACAGUAUCAUGCAAGGACUAAAUGCACGUACAGUACAGAAUGAAUUUCCACCACCCACAUACAAGAAAGGAAUCAAUGAAAAUUUCACAGCUUUAAGAUUGAUUGACUUCAUCAUGUCUUCCUCCAAGCUCCAAGAUGCAGAUGAAAUAUUUGAUUUUAAUGAUGUGAUUCCAGAGACCCAGAGGCUGGACAGCAGUUUACAGAAGGCCCGUGCCCAACUCUCAGCCAAGGGCAGGAGACAGCGACCCUCUCGGUCCCGCUUGAGAGACAGUGUCAGCUCAACAGAAGGUGAUGAUAUCCAGGACAAGAAGGUGGGCGAAGGCUGUGGAAGCCCAAUCUAUCACGUGAGAUCCCCUCUUCAUGAUUCCCUCCAUGCCUCAUCAUCUCUCUCUAGUUCCUCAGUCUUCACUCGCACCAUUGAGUUUUCCUUUGAUGCCUCAACAGUACAGAGGUCCCUGGAACAGGAAGAGCUUUCCUCCUCUCCUCUCAUCCGUUACCGACCCCUGACCAAUACCCUCUCCCAGGAGGGCUUAGGGAGCACACCCACCAGCUCCUCACCCAGGUCCUGUCCCAGCUCAGACAGCUCACCUAUCUAUGCACGAAGAGAGAGGCACAGUGAAGAUGACAGCAGAGAUGCUAGUCCUCCAGAACUGGAAAGCCCCACAAUUGGGCUUGACAAGAAAACACGCCGGAAGUUUCUGGAUUUAGGGGUCACCCUCAGGAGAGCAUCUUCUGGGAAAAGCAGAAAAGAGAAGGGAGGCAACCGCCUCUCCGUUGGCAAUAGGGAGUUGAUGGAGGGUUCCAGCCGUUCCUCGGGAUCGCCCUUCAUGCCUUUUUCCUGGUUUACAGACAGCGGGAAAGGCUCAGCCUCUUCAGGCAGCACAGCUUCUCCUACCUCUUCCCCCAAGAACGAGGCCUUCAGCCGCAAGAAAUCUGCCUCCCAGGAAUCCACCCUAAGUGAUGACUCCACCCCUCCCAGCAGCAGCCCUAAGACCCUGAGCGUGGCUCUACCAGAGACCAAGUGUUCCUAUCCAUACCAUACACUGUCACAGUCAUCUGAUGAGUUUCUGGAUGAGCCUCUGAGUGCAGCUUCAAUGUGGAGCAGCCAGAAAGUGGGCCAGUGGCUCGAGAGUUUGAACCUGGAACAGUACAUGGCAGAAUUUGCUGCUCAAGAUGUGGAUGGACAACAGUUGCUGCUCCUUGAUGGGGCCAAAUUGAAGGCACUUGGUGUCAGCAAUUCUCACGAUCGGUCUCUUUUAAAGAGAAAGGUGAAGGAGCUGAAUGCAGCAGUCGAGAAAGAGAAGAAAGCCCAGGAAAAGAUGGAGAAACAGAAAGAAAAACAGAAAAAGAAAGAACAGGAACAGAGGAAGAGUUAAGCAAAGAGGGGAAGGGGGGAAUUACCAUUUCUCAGCAUAGGCUUAGACCCAUUUUCCCCUUAGACCCAUUCCUAUGGAACAUCUCUGGAAUGAAGGGGAUGGACAUCAGCAUCCAGGAAAAUGGAGGGCAAGAUGCAAGCAUGGUCCUACCAAAGGUUAUGGGCUUGGGUGGGACAUAGGGUGAAGCUGAACUUGCUCUGGGACUAUAUAAUGGUGACACCAGCAGUAGGAGCUUGGCACACCACUAAUGGUGGAUUGGCCACAAGGGACAGAGAAGACAAAGUUGAUGCAAAUAGUGUCUCCUCUACUAUGCCAGGACAAUCCAACUGCACUUUCAGGGGGUCAGCAAGACUCCCUCUGCCAGUGGUGCAACAUGGAGGUGGGUGAUAAUGCUAUCUCCCCAGCCCCUGCUCUGUGUAAUACCUUCAGUUGACACGGCUAUAUCUCUAUAUUUCCCUAUUGAUCUUAUUCCUCUACACAAAAUUGCUCACCUCAAAGGCUUUGAUGGGUUCACACUCUGUGUCAGUUAAGUGUCCCAUCACACCCUCCUGCCAUUACCAGGGGAACACAGCUGCCUUGCAAAACACAAACGAGAGACACACAGACAUGCAUGCACACACAUACACAAACACUCUCAAAACACCAAGGUUGAGACAAUUGCAUAAGAGUUUCUUUUAGGUUCUCCUCUUCCUCUGCAUCAGGAGGGCAAAGCACUCUUUGCCCAUUCUUUGCAAAUGCCUACAGAAUAAUAUUGCUGGGAGUGAAUGGGUAGUUGCUCACUGCUUAAGUAAGAGACCAAACUGUAUAGAGGGGUGGAGGAGCUUUAGAUGCCUGGCAAUAUACAGCAAAGAACCACAGUGGAAUAAAAGAAAUUUUGCAUUGUC